AUGUGUCGUGAUACAUGUACCGGAAAAGAUGAUCCUAUGCAACAAAUUCUAGAAAGUGAUCCAAAAACUGCACUUACUUAUCCGGAAGCAAUCAUUACACUGAAAAAUACCGGAAAUAUAACACGCUUAUUUCUUGGACUUACCAUAGGUGGUGUUGAAACAGAUGCAGAUGGUAUUGUUACAUAUGCACGAUCGUUAAGGACAAAUUUUAAAAUUAAAGAAAAUUUUCGUUCAGAAAUUUUGGAUGAAUUUUCCAAACAAUUUGUUAAAAAGAUGAAUGAGAAACGAAAAGAGAUAGAAAAGAAUUUAAAUGCUGAUAUCAGUUGGUGGUCAUAUCAUGAAUUUGUUAAAGAAGUCAUUUCUGGUUUAGAAACAAUGCAUUACUUGCUAAUUGCAUCUGCAGCUCUUCUUAUGUUUACAUGCUUAACCGCAAGUUUUGGCGCAAAUGGUUAUCAGAGUAAACCGGUUCUGGGUUUUGUAAUUGGUAUUAUUUUGAUCGUUUCAUGUUUGGCCGGUUUUUUUGUUCAAUUAACCGGAGUUGGAUAUGUUAAUGCGAUCGUUUUCCCAAUUUUUUUCGUCCUUAUCGGUAUUGGAAUAUUAAUGCUUUUUACGUUAGAGAAUACAUGGUCGAAGUAUUCAAAUGUUGCAUGUGAUCCGGUUGAAAAGUUAUCGUUGAUUUUAAGUUGGGAUGCACCAUGUACCACAAUUACCGCAUUUAUUAUCAUCAUUACUUUUGCAGUGAUCGGUUCAAUGACAAAAAGUCCAUAUCUGCAAUAUAUGUCAUUUGUAUUAGCCGCUGGUGUCGCCAUUUUACUUACCUUUGCUCUCCUCUUUUUCACCGUAUUCCUUUAUGUUACGGGCCGUCGUGAAACCAAAGGUGUCAAGUGGUACCAGUGUUUUCGUUCCGGUGAUACACAUUUUGCUCCUCGAACAAUUAAUGAAUUCAAUGAUCGAAGUAUUGAAAUGCUCCAUGAAAAACUUAUUGAUACUAAGCCAUCAUUUUCUCGUGCAACUGCUGCAGCAAUGGCUAAUUCAUAUUUACGAUGUCCAGUUGCAUUCAUUUUUGCAAUCUAUUUGGUACUUGCUAUUUGGGGAUGCAAAGAUGUUCGAAUAGAUCUGAAGGAGGAAUAUUUCUUAUCAAAAGAAACUGAAUCACGUGCAUUCAUUGAAAAUUAUCGUGUUGAAUUUGGACAAUAUGAAGAUUUUCUUGAAUUAGUAUUCGAUGAACCAAUUGAUUAUCUUGAUCCACAUCGUAAGGAUGAAAUUCUUGCAAUACUCGAAUGGCCUAUUCAAAAUCAAUUUGCAACAAAAUCGAUGAGUUGGUUGAAAGAUUUCGUACGAUUCGAAAGUACAACUAUUUACGAUAUAAAUCCGGAUACAUUUGUGCCAAUUAUUGCUAUUGUUUUUUUGUCAGCUGAAAAUUACAAGAAAUAUCGAAAUGAUAUAAUUUUUGAUAAAUUUCAAACACGUAUCAUCGGAUCAAGAAUGUAUAUUGAAUUAACAGCUAAAGGUGUUCAAAAACGAUUAUCUGUUAUUAAUGAAUUGUUGAACAAGGCUCGUUCAGCUGGCAUAUCAAUGUUUGUGAAGACACCAUUUAUUUUUGCCAUUCAGCAUGACUUACAGAUAAUGUCAACAGUAAUCGUAGCAUUCAGCCUACUUCUUUGCUGUGUUUGUACCUUAUCGCUAUUCCUUUUUGGGAUACCAUCCUUAACGAUACUAGUAUUAUUAUGUAAUCUCUCAGUUAUUAUUGGUGUCAUUGGUUUUGCAACUUAUUGGAUGAUUCCAAUUAAUGCCAUUACCUUAUUUAUGGCUUUGGCUGGAAAUGCUUUAACAACUACAAUUGUUUCCUAUUUUUGUUAUAAUUUUGCAACUGCCGGUAAAAGGCAAAAAACUGGCGAACAACGAGUACGCUAUGCUUUUCAGUCAUGUUUAUUUCCAAUAACAUUGGCAUGUUUUGUACCAGUGAUAACAUAUUUACCACUACUAUUAGCUGGAUUACCUGUAAUGAUGCAUAUCUUUAAGAUAUUAUUACUCUCAUCAUUUAUCACUUAUAUUCAUUUAUUACUUUUCCUGCCAAAUGUGAUGAUAUUUCUCACCGAGCAAAUUCCAUCAUUUUUCUCAUCACUACAAGAUAUUUGCGACGAAUGUUGUUGCUAUUGUUUUGAUAUUGAAGAAGAUUCCGGUAGCAUUUAUUACAUACCAACCGGAGGUCGUGCAAAUCCACAGCUUAAUGGCUUAACGAAGCAAUAUUCAUAUGCGUUAACAGUACCACCAACUACUCGUGGUAUUUUGCUACCACCUGAAGUAACGGGUUAUUUACCAGUAACUGCAACAGUUGCUCCAGUCUUAGUUCCUGAUAUGCUUUCCUAUCAACCGAAUCCAAUUGUUAGUAUUGAAAAUUAUCGAUCAACUAAAAAUCGACGUCAUGAAAAUAGCGAGAAAUCUCUUAGUCUAUCAUCAUCACCACGAGUAACCCUAUCUAAUCGACAAACACCACGACGAGAACGUCGACGAUUAACCACCGAGGAUCAUUCACCAAAUGAUGAAUCGAUCUAUGAGGAACCACCAUCAUUAUCAUCAAAUUUACCGGAUUCACAUUCACCAAUGCAAUCACAACAUUAUGAAGGACGAAAACCAGAAAGGCGACAAUCUCAUUCAUCUACCUCACGAUAUAUUUUACGUGAUGAACGUUCAACGGAACGUGAUUCGGCAAUUGAACUACGUUCUAAUUGGAAACAAUACUUGAUUGAUGGUAAUUUACGUCAGGCUACCGGUGUUGCUGUUUCAACUUCUUCAUCUUCCACACCUCAACCAAUGAUUUACUACUCAACACCUUCCUAUCGAACACAACCGCCACGUUAUAGUCGUGAUAAAAGAUUUUAA